GCAUGUUCUCUUCUCAAAGGAAAAAAUAAAAAGUCAGGACGAAAACCAAAGCUUCCAAACCCUAGCGGUUCAGCGAUGUCGGGUGAUGGGGGAUUUUCGUUGAAGAUCGCCGUGUGUGGGUGUUUGAUUGACGCAUCACGUUACAUGUCAGAUUACAAGUCAGAGUGGUAUGUGAUUAAAGUCCCCGAUCCAGAUUGCCGUCCUCUUCGUCGUCGUUCUUCUUCUUCUUCUAGGGUCAAGAAAAAGAAAAAGGAAAAAGUGAGGACAAUGAUAAGCACGAAGCUUCUCAGUCCGAUUUCAGUAACCGAGUCUGAUCCAAUGUCCCUUUGCAAGAAUCAUCUAGCCAUAGGCUCCAGUCUGUAUUGUUUUGGAGGCCUAAUCCUCGAUAGCGAUAGAGAUGCUCAUGAAAAGGUGUGGCGGCUAGACCUAGACCUUGACUCUCCAUGGUCAAGUGGUGAUUGGAACUCUGUUCCUCUCAUGAAGUUUUAUAAAAGAUGGGAACCUCGCACUUUGGCCCUUCACAAUAAGUUAUAUGUGUUGGGUGGUUUCUACUCGCAAAAAUCAAGAGGUACCUUUCCCAUUCCGGCUGAAGCUGGCUGGAUGGAGGAGUUUGAUCCCGGCCUACAAGAAUGGAAAGCUUUGCCCAAUCCUCCCUUUGGAAUUUACUCCGUUCCUGCCAUUGCCGUACCUCUCCAUGCUAAAAAACAGAUUCUGGUUGCUUAUUAUAGUGAUUUGAAGCAUUAUUAUCUUGAGUUCUAUAUCUAUGAUGUGAUGAGUCGAUCUUGGACUACAUUUGGGUCUGGGACCCGCUGCAUCGAUGCUUCUGCUCCUUUGGCGGGAAGAGUUGUUAUGGUUGGUAAUACUCUCUACUGGCCUUCUCUUGAAGAUCUUCAAGAAACUGGGAUGUGCACUGUACAUGCUUACAAUUUGGAUAUGGAUGUGGUAAGCUGUGGCCAUUUCAGUGUUAGCUCAGUCCUUGAUGAUGCUGAUACAGAUGAACAUCUGUAUUGUAAUUCAGAACCACCUGGUUUGAUCCAUUUAGGUGGUCGUAAAUUCUGCCUCCUCUUGCACUCCUCCUCCCGUGGUAGUUACUACCUUAAUUGUCAUGUACUUCACCUUGAAGAAGAUGACUCCGACUACUACUACGACUCCGGGUUUUUGACCAUCUCCAUUCUGUCCAAUCAAAAGUAUGCCCUGCCGCACUACAUAGACUUAUGGGAUAACGUCUUGCUGGAUGAGGAUGACAACUUUUAUAUAUCAAAGAAUAAGAAACCAAAGUUAGCAAGUUUAAUUAUCAAAGAUCAUUAGGGGUAGUAGGUUGCUUCCUUGCAUUAUCAAACAGGUAUACUCUUUUCCCCCUUUUCCUGUUCAAAUAUAAUCCUAUUUCAGACAAAGACACGUGGAGUGGGUUCCAUAUCUUCAAAAGAUGUAGUCAUAUGGGUUCAAAUAAUUUACCUUGUGGAUGAUUUUGUCAUUUCUUUUUUUAUUUUAUUUAAUAUGGGUUCAAAAGAUCAACUUAGUAGA